AUGCUGCGCGCGCCCCGCUGCCGGGCCGUACGUGCCCUAUUGCGCAGCCGCUAUCGCGAAGUGCUGCCACUGGCAACCUUUGCGGGGCGCCUGGGGGCCGAGGGCCGGCGGCUGGUACGGGACGGGGACCCGGAGGCCUUCCGCCUGCUGGUGGCCCAGUGCUUGGUGUGCGUGCCCUGGGGUGCCCCACCUCCUCCCGCCGCCCCUUCCUUCCGCCAGGUGUCCUGUCUGAAGGAGUUGGUGGCCCGGGUCCUGCAGCGGCUCUGCGAGCGCGGCGUCAGGAACGUGCUGUCCUUUGGCUUCGCGCUGCUGGACGAGGCCUGUGGCGAGCCUCCCAUAGCCUUCACGACCAGCGUGCGCAGCUACCUGCCCAACACGGUCACUGACUCGCUGCGCGGUAGCCGUGCCUGGGGACUGUUGUUGCAGCGCUUGGGUGACGACGUGCUGGGCCACCUGCUGGCGCGCUGCGCGCUCUACCUGCUGGUGGCCCCCAGUUGUGCCUACCAGGUGUGCGGCUCGCCGCUCUACGAGCUCUGCGCGCGGGCUGCUGAUGGGUGGGAGCCCGGUCCAGGGCCAGGCCGGGGGACCCUGCGCAGAACCGCAGGGGGCAUCAGGCGGCGUCACCCAAGUCCGGACUGUACUGGCGAGCAGCAACCAUUGGCCAAGAGGCCUAGGUGCGGCCCAGACUUGAAGCCAGGGCAGACACCCCAGUCUCGGGUCGAAGAGAAGGCGUCCUGUGCCCCCCUGGGUGGGACAUGUGGGCAGAGUGAUAGCGAUUCCCACACGAUGACAUCUGGCCAGAGAAACACCGCAGAAGUCAUGUCUUCGUGGGGUGAACUUUCCGGAACUCAUCUUUCCAACACGGUGAGGACCGGGGUGCAUAGGCCCCGCCCCUCAUCCAUCAAGUUACUGCCAUCACGGCGACCCCAGAUCUACGUAGAGACAAAGCGCUUCCUCUAUUGCCCUGGGAACAAGGAGCAGUUGCCCAGAGCCUUUCCCCUCAGCUCCCUGCAGGCCAGUCUGAACGGGGCUCGCAGUCUCCUGGAGACCAUCUUCCUGGGCACCACGCGGGCAGGGAGGAGGACGCCACCCCGGCGCCUGCCACCGCGCUACUGGCGGAUGCGUCCUUUGUUCCAGGAGCUCCUGGGGAACCAUGCGCGGUGCCCCUAUGGUGCGCUCCUGAGGAUGCACUGCCCAAGGCGGGGCUCUGCCACUGCCACUCCUGCGAGAUCCCGAGGGGCAGGAAUUGGGACCCUGGACCAGGACGCUGGCCAGCAUGUGGUCCAGCUGCUCCGCCAGCACAGCAGCCCCUGGCAGGUGUACAUGUUUGUGAGGGCCUGCCUUCACCGACUGGUGCCCGCGGGCCUCUGGGGUUCCAGCCACAACAAGUGCCGCUUCCUCAGGAACGUGAAGAAGUUGGUCUCCCUGGGGAAACACGCCAAGCUUUCGCUCCAGGAGCUGAUGUGGAAGAUGAAAGUGCAGGACUGUGAGUGGCUGAGGCGGAGCCCAGGGGAUCAUGCUGUUCCGGCUGCAGAGCAUUGUUUGAGAGAGGAGAUCUUGACCAAGUUCCUGCUCUGGCUGAUGGACACGUACGUGGUUGGGCUGCUCAGAGCCUUCUUCUAUGUUACUGAGACUAUGUUUCAGAAGAACAAACUUUUCUUUUUCCGGAAGAGUGUCUGGAACCAAUUGCAAAGCAUUGGAAUCAGACAACACUUCAACAAAGUGCGCUUGCGAGAACUGUCUGAAGCGGACAUCCGGCGACGCCAGGAAGCCAAGCCCUCUCUCCUGGCCUCCAAACUGCGCUUCGUCCCCAAGCCCCAGGGCCUUCGGCCGAUUGUGAACAUGGACUAUGUCCUAGGAGCCAGAACCUUCCGCCGAGAAAAGAAGGCUCAGCAUUGCACCUCGCAAAUGAAGACCCUGUUCAGCGUGCUCAAUUAUGAGCGGACCCUGCGGCCAGGGCUGCUGGGAGCCUCCAUGCUCGGGAUUGAUGAUGUGUACAAAGCCUGGCGGGCCUUCGUGCAGCGGGUGCGGGCCGGGGACCCUGGGUCCCAGCUCUACUUUGUCAAGGUCGAUGUGACGGGGGCUUAUGACACCAUUCCUCACAACAAGCUGGUGGAAGUGGUUGCCAAUGUCAUUAAGCCCCAAGAGAAUGUGUAUUGUGUCAGACGCUACGCUAUAGUACAGAAAACAGCGCAGGGCUACAUUCGGAAAUCCUUCAAAAGACACGUCUCCACCUUAGCAGACCUCUUGCCAUACAUGAAACAGUUUGUGGAGCAUUUACAGGAGACUGGGUCAAUGAAGAACGCCAUCGUCAUUGAGCAGAGCUGCUCCUUAAAUGAGACCGCCAGCAGCCUUUUUGACUUCUUCCUUCACUUGGUGCAUAACAACGUCAUCAAGAUCGGGGGCAAGUACUACGUCCAGUGCCAGGGUAUCCCGCAGGGCUCCAUCCUGUCCACUCUGCUGUGCAGCUUCUGCUACGGGGACAUGGAGAACAAGCUGCUUCUGAACACCCAGCAUGACGGGUUGCUCUUGCGCUUGGUUGAUGAUUUUUUGUUGGUGACACCACACCUUACACAAGCUAAGUCCUUCCUAAGGACCCUGGUCGGAGGCAUCCCUGAGUAUGGCUGCAGGAUCAACUUGUGGAAGACGGUGGUGAAUUUCCCCGUGGACGACAGCCCAGGCCAGGCGGGCAUUCUCCAGCUGCCAGCCCACUGCUUGUUCCCCUGGUGUGGCCUGCUGCUGGACACCAGGACCCUGGAGGUGUUCUGUGACUACUCCAGCUAUGCCCAGACCUCCAUCAGAGCGAGUCUUGUCUUCAGCCCCGGCUUCAAGGCUGGCAGGAACAUGCGUCGCAAGCUUUUUGCGGUCCUACGGCUGAAGUGUCACAGUCUGUUCCUGGAUUUGCAGGUGAAUAGUCUUCAGACCGUCUGCAUCAACAUUUACAAGAUCCUCCUGCUACACGCCUACAGGUUUCACGCCUGCGUACUCCAGCUCCCAUUCAAUCAGCAAGUGGGAAAGAAUCCCUCGUUUUUCCUCAGAAUCAUCUCGGACACGGCUACGCGCUGCUACAGCAUUCUGAAAGCCAAGAACACAGGGAUGUUGCUGGGGGCCCCUGGUGCCCUGGGCCCGCUCCCUUCUGAGGCGGCACGCUGGCUCUGCCACCAUGCUUUCCUGCUCAAGCUGAGCCGCCACCGAGUCACCUACAAGUGUCUGCUGGGGACGCUCAAGACGACCAAGAUGCAGCUGGGCCGCAAAAUCCCCAAGGCAACUCUGAGGCUGCUGGAAGCCGCCACCGCCCCCUCCCUGUAUGAGGAGCUCAAGACUGUUCUGGACUGA